GAGGGCGGUGCUGAUUGGCUGCCGACGCGGGUAUAUAAGGGAGACGCAGGCGGUGCCCGGAUCUCUUCCGCCGCCAUUUUCUGCCGGGCGCAGGUCUCCGCUGUCUCCGCCGCUUGCACGAGCACCCCCGCCGGCCUCGCCUCGCCAUGGAGGACGCGACCGAGAUGAGCGGCGGCCAGGAGGAGUUCGCCGAGGGCUCCAAGAUCAACGCGAGCAAGAACCAGCAGGACGACGGGAAAAUGUUCAUCGGAGGCCUCAGCUGGGACACCAGCAAGAAGGACCUGACGGAGUAUCUCUCGCGGUUUGGCGAGGUUGUGGAUUGCACAAUCAAAACUGACCCGGUCACUGGAAGGUCGAGGGGGUUUGGGUUCGUGCUUUUCAAGGAUGCUGCCAGCGUGGAAAAGGUGUUGGAACUGAAGGAACACAAACUGGAUGGGAAGUUAAUAGAUCCUAAAAGGGCAAAAGCACUGAAAGGGAAGGAGCCACCCAAAAAAGUAUUUGUUGGUGGGCUUAGUCCAGAUACAUCUGAAGAACAGAUUAAGGAGUACUUUGGUGCUUUUGGCGAGAUUGAAAACAUUGAACUUCCCAUGGACACAAAGACAAAUGAAAGGAGGGGCUUCUGUUUUAUCACAUACACAGAUGAAGAGCCAGUAAAGAAGUUGCUAGAGAGCAGAUACCACCAAAUUGGUUCAGGCAAGUGUGAGAUCAAAGUAGCACAGCCCAAAGAGGUGUACAGGCAGCAGCAGCAGCAGCAGAAAGGAGGGAAAAGCAAUUCUUCUGGUGGACGUGGAGGCGGACGGGGGCGUGGACGGGGUCAGGGACAAAACUGGAACCAAGGAUUUAAUAACUAUUAUGAUCAAGGCUAUGGGAAUUACAACAGCGCUUACAGUGAUCAGAGCUACAGUGGCUAUGGAGGCUACGACUACUCUGGGUACAACUAUCCCAAUUAUGGAUAUGGGCCAGGAUACACAGAUUACAGUGGCCAACAAAGCACAUAUGGGAAGGCGUCCCGUGGCGGCGGCAACCACCAAAACAACUACCAGCCGUACUAAAGCAGUACCUAGUACCUGACCAACAGCGGGAACUUCAUUGCAGGCCGUGUGUCACCCUGACCACGUCUAUCUCUGGGGUCGCACGUUGCAGGCAGAGCGCAAGGCAUACACCAGAAAACGCUGUCCUGUGGUAUGGUCUCUUCCAACUUCAUGUACCAGCGUAAAGAUUAAAGUGGAAAACUUCAGACUUUGGCUUCUUUUUUUAAUCUUUUUUGGAGAUUAAGUGUCUUUAACUUAAAUGGUUUUUUACAGGAGUUAAAGUACAUAAAUGCCUUUACAGCUUAAUCAUUUGAUCUUCUGUUUAGUGUUGUAUUUCAAUUGUGGAACCUCAUUUUAAAUGUGCAUUCUUUAAGAUUUUAAUGCUUGCUUUUUUCUUUUUAUAGCUAAUAGUGAAAUCUGCAAACCAAAACGAACUUUUAAAUCUGGAUAAACAUUAAAGAUCAUAUGCAUAUGGACUGUCUCUACUAAAAUGACCUGACUUGUGUUGCACAUAAGUCACUUAGUUGUAUAAACAAAUAAUCAGAAAGCCUUUGGCAGUGUUUCCCGUGGAAAAGAAAGUGAUCCAGAGCCUGCCUACUUACCUAAAUUGGAUGGUUGUUGUUUUGGAGCAACCUCCUAGAUGGGCUCAAUGGCAAUAUUUGGAAAAAUAAAUUACUGAUGGGUAACUAAGCAAACCUGUUGUGUUACCUUCAUAAAUAUGCAUAUGAUCUUUAACAGUGAAGAAAGGAAUAUAUAGAAGACUUAAAGCAGUUCAUGAAAAUGGACCUUUUAACAAUCCUGUAGUAACUGUCACAGAUCUGACAUGCAUUUUGUCUUGAUUUUUUAGGUAGAGAUACUGCAACAAAAAGCCAUCUUGCAACGCAUCGUGAGUCAAUGGAGGGUGGUCUUCGUGAGAUGAAAUGACUAUUUUGUAAAAGACUUUUAGUGUAUGACACAACUGUGUCCAACUGUACAUAGCGUCUGGCUAGUUUUCUUUUAUGGUUUUUACUUUCUUUUUGCCAUUCAUGUUAUGACACAGCGUGGACUUGUGUUUAUACAAACUUUAUUUGUAUAAUUUCACGUUAAAAGAUUCUCUAAUAAAUGCUUACGUAAGUGA